AUGACGGGUGGAGAGCAGACUUCACCACAAACCAAUUCCAACCAUUCACAAACCAAUUCCAACCAUUCAAGCACCAGCGACACCAAUCCCAGUAUGGAUUCCUCACAUCCAUACUUUGUUUCUCAUUCAGAUCACCCCGGCCUCAUGCUCGUUCCCACAAAAUUGAACGGCACCAAUUACCCAUCUUGGAGCAAAUCCAUGAUUCAUGCUCUCACAGCCAAGAACAAAAUUGGCCUUGUCAAUGGAUCCAUUAAGCCUCCUUCAGAAACUGAACAGCCGACAAAAUAUGCUCUCUGGAAUCAAUGCAACAGUAUGAUUUUAUCAUGGUUAGCUCACUCGGUGGAGCCUGAUCUAGCCAAAUCAGUCGUUCAUGCCAAGACUGCCCAUCAAGUGUGGCAAGAUUUCCAAGACCAAUUCUCACAAAAGAAUGCACCAACAAUAUAUCAAAUACAGAAAUCCAUCGCCUCACUCUCACAAGGCCCCAUGCCAGUCUCUGAAUAUUACACAAAACUCAAAGAUCUUUGGGAUGAAUUAGAGACAUAUCAAACCUUGCUUAUCUGUAACCAGAUGAAGGCACAUAAUGAACAAAAAGAAGAAGAUCGGAUGAUGCAGUUUCUUAUGGGCCUUAAUGACACCUACAACGGUGCUCGUAGCAACAUCCUCAUGAUGACGCCAUUGCCAAAUGUUCGUCAAGCCUACUCACUCGUCAUUCAAGAUGAAACACAGUGCCAAAUGGCCUUGGGUUCCAUAGAAAAUUUUUCCAUUGCUGCUGCGAUACAGACUCAAACAAGUCCCUUUACGGACUCAAACAAGUUCCUCGGCUCAAAAAGUCCCUUUACGGACUCAAACAAGCUUCCAGAAACUGGUUCUCCACAUUUUCAGACACCAUUCAGAAAGCUGGUUAUCAACAAUCAAAGGCUGAUUACUCUCUUUUUACCAAAGCUCAAGGCACUUCAUUUACUGCUGUACUUAUCUGUGUUGACGACAUACUUCUCAUAG